AUGGUCAGCAAAGGCUUGUCAAGCCACAGCCGUCAGCCCUACAAACCAGACGAUUGGAUCUCCCUGCGCGUUGCACCUCUUCACGACGCCCAACCCUCCGACCUUCUCUACUGCCCAACUACAUACUGGCGUAUCAGCAAAGCAAAUCAACAUACCCCACCGUCUUCCUCAAGUAGUCUCAGCUUCCAACCACCAUACAAUGCGAGCGGUCUCCAAGUUACAGCACCCAAGCAACAUAUCGCUUUGUCUUCCGGUAGCUCCAGCGCCGCGCCGCAUUAUGCUCACAGCACCACUUCCUCGCGCGGACGCGGACACGCUCGCAGUUCGGCUUCAACCUCUCGUGCAGCGAGUGCUGCAAGCUCGGGACAAGGGGGAGGUGGUCGGCUGCUAUUGGAUGCCGGAAGUUUGGCGGUAUUGGGCAGUCACUUCGAGAGGUUGAUGGGAGCGAUUCAGAGCAGGGUCAAUCAUCUCACAGCGCAAACCCAACGCUCCACGCUCCACCAAUCCUCUCGCGCCCAGUCCUCCAUUGCCGCCGCCGACGCUGAAAUCGCCCGCUUUCGAGAUAUCUUGCGCCAGAUAGACGACCUCGAGACCGAGUUUGACAAAGUGCGUCAUAUACGUGACAUCGUCAAAGGCUUCCGAGCAAGGGUGGAGGGCUUGGAGAGAAGGGUAGAUGGGAGGGGGACGGCGGUAAGGGGAAGGCGGUAA